AUGAAUGCUGAAGUUAAAAAAAAGUAUAAAAAUAUAACACAAGAAGCAGUGUCUAUUUACUUAAAGUUUUGCGAAUCGUGUCAAUCUAAACAAAAAUCUAAAAACAAGGGUCUAGUGAUUAAACCAAUGGUGUUUUCGGAAAUGAAUAGUAGGUGCCAAGUGGACCUGAUUGAUAUGCAGUCGCAGGGGGAUGGAGAGUUCCGGUUUAUUAUGGUAUAUCAGGAUCUUCUUACUAAAUUCGUUCAACUAAGACCCUUAAAAACAAAGAGAGCAGAAGAAGUUGCAAAACACCUUAUCGACAUAUUUUGUAUUUUCGGAGCUCCGAUGAUAUUACAAUCUGACAAUGGCCGUGAGUUUGUAAAUAAAAUAAUAGAAGACUUAAAAGAAAUGUGGGACACACUGAAAAUCGUUCAUGGAAAGCCACUCCACAGUCAGAAACAAGGAAGUGUCGAGAGAGCAAACCAAGACAUACAAAACAUGUUGAUAACAUGGAUGAAAACAAAUAACUGUAAAUCAUGGUCAGAGGGACUUCGAUUUGUACAGCUAAUGAAAAAUAGGAUCUACCACGAUGGCAUUAAAAGAUCUCCAUACAUGGCCAUGUUUGCUGAAACAGUGGAAAAAUUAACCACUGAACAAGAAUUGGAAGAAAUAUUGCAAAGUGUUGUGUCAAACUAUGAACAAAGAGAAAAUCAUAGUGUUUCCGAUAAAGAGGUAAAUUGUUGGACAGUACUGUAUCUAAUUGCUGUGAAUCGUGUGGCUGUAUUCUUGGUAAUGAACAAACAUCUAUUUGUGGUUUAUGUGAUAAAAAAGUAA